UUCAUAUUUUUUGCACAUGGGAGAAACAACACUUCUUCCGCGCGGAAAAAUCUGUUUCUCCCAUCAGCACAAAAUCGCUCUCAUAGUUUCUCGCUCUCGACCUCAGCAGGAGUCUGACCCGUACUCUUGAUCCUCGCUUACGCAUGAAAGACCGUGCCCGCUGAGCGUCAUCCAGCUUUUACACGCUAUUUUCUAUACCUCGCAUUUUUGACUAUGGUACUGGUUGCCCGUCUUUUAGCUACUGGGAACAAGAAUUCCGCCCGCCGUCCUGGGCGGAAAACGCAGUGUGAAAAGACCAUUAGAAAGGAAGCGGGGCUCGGCGCGGAAUAAAAGAAGAAGAAGGAGGGUUUCAAGAAAUCGGACGAUUGCUUUAUUAAGACGUCAGAAGGUACAGGCUGCGGGCCACGGGAUAGGCCGGGGCCGGGGCCGGGGCCUGGUCCUGCCUGCUGCGGUCGUUAUUGCCUCAACCGGGUUCUCGCUUGGGACAAUUGCUUUGAGAAGAUCAAAAAGAGCAUUGGGAGAAACGUGGCCAGGUUCGAGAGAGAAACGCGGCCGAAAGUCCGAGAGAGAUAGACAGAGAACAAAAACCGCCACGCUGCUGAUUAUAAGUGCUGCGCUGACCCUUCAUACGCUCCGCUCGGCUCUGCUUGCUCUGCUCACGAACUCGAGAUGCUGCUGAGAAUUUAACAAAGAUACACCGGUAACAAGAUUUCUUUUUCCCCUCGAAAUGUCAUGAUUUUCAAACUGAUUUCCAUCGUCGUGCUACGUGAGUUAUCGCACACGUAUCUCCCGUUCCAUAUCGUACAAUCUACAUAUUCUCUUUAUUCUACCGCGGAUACGUGCCGCGUCAGAAUUUUUUCAUCUAUUAUGUACACCCCCAUCGCAUUUCCUGCAUCACACAGGAAGCUGAACCUUUGAUUAUCUCGAUUUGAUAUCAAUUUGAAAUUUCGCCUUUCAUGAUUCACGUACGUGAAAAUUGCGACCUUUUUAUACAAGGCAUUUUGCUAGCUUAUAACUUUCCUACAAUCCGUAUAGUAAAAAUAAAUCUGGCUACUCGGUUUCCUCCGUGGCUAGCUCUCCCCGCGGAAUCGAUUAACCGGUUCAAUUUGUACUCAAACAGCUAAUCUUCUCGCUGCGGUGCCCUGUCCACAGCACCGCGCACGGCAUACGCCAGGUUCUCGUUUAGAGAAACGAGAUUGAGUUGAGAGUCGCAGCAGCCUGGUGAACUGGCGGUCCGAUGGUAGGGAAUAGAAGUACGUACAUAGGAAGGAGUAAGGCGAGCGACCUGAAAGGGAGCCAAGAUGCAUGGAAGGAAGGUCGGCAUAGGCAGGAAAAGAAGGGGAAACGUAAGAAAGAACGGAACGCAUCUAAAUGCCGGACUGUUGGACGUCGCUUCACGAAGGGUACCGCAGGAGGCGGGAUGAGGAGGGUAGUGUUGGAACCAGGCUGGUGUCUCAAUCAGCCAAGCAGGUUGGGGCACCUUGGACCCCUGUGGGUGGAGGUGGAGAAUAGGAGCUAGCGAUGGCUCGGAAACCGUAGCGAGAUCCAAACAAAAACUGAGUUAGCUGUUAGCACCUCAACAUUAAAAAUAAUGCGAUUCUUCAAAUCCCUUAGAUGCUCCUCGUGAAAGAAAAAGAAAACGAAUGUUGCGAAGGCUUCCUAAAAUAAAUGGACGAGAGGAAACGUAAAUUAGUCAUGACGAGCUAUAAUUCUGGAGAGUUUGGUGAAGAGAAAUCUCCAGCUUAUCCCUCAUCGUUCUCAGUUACUUGCAAAAUAUUUCCUCGACUGGGAUGGGACCGAUUCAAUCGUGAUUCGGGUCUAUCAGUAGUCCUCUCGGUCCCGGGCCAGUGCAAUCGCCGGUGAGGAAAAAGCGGGAGGUAGGGAAAAUCGGCGCGCGCAACUUCUUGACACAGCGGGGUAGCGGCCGUCACAACUCACAACUCAAUCUACAGUGUCUCGGUGACCGUGCGCUUGCGAGUUCCGAGAUACGAGUAAGUUUCUCUUUUACUCUCCAUCCCGCAUAGUGUUGUUGUUUGAAUUCCUGACACGGACUCGCGGUCCUCGUUGAAGAAAGAGGAAGAAGAGAAGAAUUAGCCUUGCUCACACGCAGACACCGGGACCCCACGUUGUUUCAUCUUCUCGCCUUAGAACAAUGUGAUUGUUCGCAAGAAAGAUGUCACGUUUGUUCGAUCAAACGAGCAUACUCCUGGUGGGUAUGAUCCUGUUCAGUUCAAUAAUGUGGAACACGGCGAAAAGCACGAUAAUGAGGUGCGAGGAAGCAAAACUGAAAUGCGCGUAUAGAACAGGCUGCGGCGCUGCCCUGCAACACUAUCUCACCGGCUGCGCGCCCGUUCUCCAAAGCAACGAUUGUUCCGAGACCUGCCAACACGCCCUUAUAGCUCUCACGAGCACCGACGAGGGCAAAGAACUUAUAACAUGCGAAUGCGAGGACGACUUGUGUUUGCAAUCGAAACAGAGGGUGGAGAUAUGCAGAUCCUCCGUAACGAUGGCGAUGAACAGGACGAGGGUCUCUUGUCGGAUAGCCACUUGGAUUUGCAACGCGGAUGCUCUGUGCCAAACAGCGCUUACUUAUUAUAAUAAGUAUUGCAAAAGCAUGUUUCAAGGCCGAAAAUGCACCAGGCGCUGUAGAAACUCGAUAAAUAUCUUGACGAGGCAAGAGAAGGCGGCGAAAUUGAACACAUGCCUGUGCGACGGUUUCGAGGAAUACGAUUGCAAAGGGAUUCAUCGGAAUAUGAACUUCCUCUGUUUUGGUAAGAUACAUCACGGUUACCGCAACGUUAACGUGGAGGACGAGAGGCGAAACGAAUUAUCAACACCGAACAUGAGCCUCAGAGGGAACGCUGUCCAAAUAUUGGUCGACACGAGAUUGUUUCUACUCUCUUUAUUGAUGUAUCUGGUACUUAAAGGGAAACAAGACUGACUAAUUCGAAGCAAACCCAGGAAGACCUC